AUGUGGGCCAAUCCUUCCAAAGAGCUCAGUCGGCUUGCGCUGGCAUGCAGGAAGAAGACUGGAACCUGGCAGGAAGCCGUCUCAUUCCUCACCGCCAUGCAGGGCAUGAAGGAGAUGCCGGACCACAAAGCUUGGGGCGCUUUGAUCAGUGCUUGUGCUGCCGGUCAAGCUUGGCCGGUGUCGCUUGCCCUGUUGGAGGAAGCUUCAAGUCCACAGCAAAGCCCACCUGACAUCACCGCACCCAUGGCAGACACCAUGAUGUUCAACGACACCAUGGCUGGUGCGAUGAGGCAGAAGCAGUGGCCUGUUGUUCUGGCACUCUUCCAGAGGCUCCGCGAUGCUCCCGAUGGUAUGCCCCGUCCCAAUGUGGCCACCUACGCCCUGGCUCUGAAGGCUUGCGAGCAAGGCGAUCGUUGGCCAGAGGGGUUCGGACUGCUGCAGCAGAUGAGAGAUGUGGCAGUGCACCCAAACACCGUCACCUACAACACUUUCAUCAGCCUUUGCACACUGGCCAACCGCUGGGCCGAUGCCGUGGCAGCGGUGCAACAGCUCCACGAGGAUGCCCUCAGGCCAACCGUGAUCACCUACGGCUCGCUCAUUGCCGCCUGCGGCAAGGGCAGCGAGGCGACAAAGGCUUUGAAAUUCCUGCAAGAGAUGGAGGCAGCAAAGCUGCAGCCCAGCGUCCCGGCCGUCACUUCGGCCAUCCGGGCCUGUGAGCAAGGCGGACUUUGGCAGGAUGCUCUUCGCCUCUUCGAGCGGCUGAAGGCGGAGGACGGCUUACCUCCCGACCUCAGGGCCUACAAUGCCACGUUGAGUGCAAGCGAGAAAGGAGCGAAGUGGGGAGAAGCCCUGGAGGUCUUGAAGGAAUUGGAAGAGGGUGCCGCCGAUAGCUCCGGCCGGCUCAAGGUGAAACCGCCAAAGCCCGACGCUAUCAGCUACAAUGCCAUCAUCACGGCUUGUGGAAAUGGCUUGCGCUGGGACCUAUCCCUGAUGUUCUUGCAGCGCCUCCGGGAUGCCACCACCGGCGUGGUGGCGGAUGUGAUCAGCUUCAAUGCUACGGCCUCUGCCUGCGAACGGGCGAGCCAGUGGCUGAGAGCGCUGGCAUUGCUUGACGACCUGCUUGAGGAUGGCAUCCAGCCGGAUGUAAUCUGUUGCAACACCUUGAUCGGUGCGUGCGCGACAGGCUUGAACUGGCAGCUUGGCUUGGCGAUGCUACAGAGGAUGCCAGAGCUGAAGGUCGAGCCCGAGCAGCUCAGCCACCGUGCAGUGCUCCUGGCAGCAGCUCGUGCAGAUGCCUGGUCCAAAGCAUUGGUCCUGCAGGACGACAUGCGCUCUGCAUCGCUUCCGCUUGAUUCAGCCUGUCACAGCACUCUCCUCAUGGUUUGCCAGCAGCACGACCUGGGGCCCCUCGAGGAGCAGCUGCUGCAAGAAAUCUCGGCAGAAGGCCUGCACGGCCCGGAGGCAGAGGCUUUCUGGUGCGCAGCCAAAGCUGCUGCUGCAGCGACGCGGGCCAAGUCGGCAGACCUGCCGAGGCACUUGGAGUUGCUCAAAACCUCGGCAGAAACUUGGAGACCACGGCCGGCGAGGUCGUCAAGCAAGGAGUUAGAGCUGCUACGCUACGUGUUGUUGUCCGCAACACCGGGAGAUGUGGACUCGGUUUGCGAGAUGAUCGAGCGCUUCGGCACAGAUGUUCUCCAAGGUGGCCCUGUGACGGGGCGAUGGCUGAAAAUCGCGGCGUGCGACAAAGCUGAGGUCCUCCGAAAGGCCCUCCAGGACGUUUCGUGGUCUGUGGAUGGCAAGAUCUUGGAGAUCGGUGCUUACUGCGGCUAUUCCGCCAUGAGGAUGUGCCAAGCUGUUCCAAGCAACGUAACUAUCACCUCCCUGGAGAAUGAGCCGGUCCAUGCUGUGGUAGCAACGGUGAUGCUGGAGUUUGCUGGAUUAUCCGGACGGGCGAAGGUUCGCGUCGGUCACAGUGAGCACCUGUUACCACGCCUUGCCGGCAACACUUUUCAAGCGGUCUUUAUGGAUUCUCGCGGAUCCUUCUACGAUGGAGAAGUGGCCUUGAUGGAGAAGUUUGACCUCCUCGCGUCCCCGGCAGUCAUCGUCGCAGACAACGUGCUGAAGCCAGGAGCUCCCAUAUUCCUUUGGCGUGUGACCAGGGAUGCGCAGUUCCAGACGGAGAUCCAUCCGGUGACCGAGUUCGCAAUGCCUGCGAAAGACUGGAUGUCUGUGAGCACAUUCCGUCCAGAUGGCCCAGGACAACCGGUUCCCCCUGUCCCACCAGAGCUACUGGAGUUAGAUCGGAUGGCGGAUGACAUGCGCAUCCAAGCGAUGAGGUGCUCUCGGAGCGUACCUUACCAGGACUGGGCAGACUUCGCAGAGCUCAUGUGGCAUCCUCAGGAAUGUUGGGCUGGGCGUCGUAUGGGCUGCCUCGUUUGA